AUGCUAAUCGCCAAUGCAUCCAGCAAUCAAACAAUUGCUCCUACAUCAUCCAUAAAGUUGCGAAGAUCCCGUCGAUUAUCAUCCACCAGAGGAUUAAAACAACGACCCACCGCAAAGAUCCCGAAGGAUUCUCUUCCUCGUCAAGAUCCGGAUCAUAAACUUGGUCUUUGUGCCGCAGCUAGUAAGAACAUCGAUAAGGACAACACGAGAGGCAAACUACUGAUAAACUGGGAGAUGAACGAGAGGAUCAGCUUGAGUAGCGGCUCCAGUGUCGGAUUGACGAUUCGUCCCGACAGCAGGAAAGGUAUCGAGUUCAGCGAGAAUUGUAGAAAGGAAAUGGAAAGUAAAUCGAAAAUUGGAGAAUAUUCAGAACGGAAUUGCGAAGCCAAAUCGUCAGCAUUGUCAUCAACCAAAUCAACAUUGGAGUUGAUGAAUGUGUCUGGAUUCCUCUCAAAUAUCGAUCGAAAGCACCGUGGAAGUUCCCAUUCAAUCGAGAUCGAUACGAAGGAUGAGAACAUUCUCAAGAGCGAUUCAAAGUAUGAAAUCGGUAUUCCCAGUCGUAGCUCUGCGACGAGAAAGCAGAGGCAACAGAAUACGCUCAAAAAGGACAAGGCUGAUACGACAAGAAAAUGGAUCAAGGACAAGGCCAGUGACUCCAUUUCCAAACGGCUAGAAUUGAUUCAUGAGCUUAAUCAAAAGAUUUUGGCCAACUAUGAAAGGUUUCACCAAAGAUCAAAACGUGUCAAGGAUACGAAAGAACAGAUUACCAAAAAUCGUGUCAAGGAUAACAUUGAUCCUGAGGAACAUGUUUAUACAGAGAUCAAGAGGAAAAACAAAACAAUCUGUAGAACGAACGAUCGAAAGAACCAGGGCAUACUUAAGCAGGAUAUUUCUAACCAAGACACUUGUAGAAAAGAUUCCUCCAAGAGAGAUACUUGCAGACAAACAACAGAUAAUAAAUCAAUCUUAUCUAGAAGUUACUACGAAAGUAUGAAAGAUCGAACUGAGAAGAAAGACAUUUCAAGAACUACGAAUAAGCCUGAACGCAGAAUUGUUUGCGAGAAUACGAACUUUAGCAUGGCGGCUAAGGAAAAUUUCUUCUACCAACUAGACGAGAAAACGCAGCCAUUGAAAUAUGUGAAAUUGAAAAACAAGAAAGAACGAUUGUCAGAAGGAAGUUCGAUCUUCUAUGCAAAUGAGGACAUGCCUCUACAGGAGAUCGAAUCAAUUGAGACUCAAGAUUGCCUUGAGAAUUCCAGAUUGUAUCCUGAAAGUUGCAAUCUGUAUAAUAACGAGCCGGAGAAUGAUAGUUUGGAAAAUGCAAAAGCUCUGAAGAUUGAUCGAUCCGAACUGCAAAAAGAUAAUGUUGAAUCGCGGACAGCAAGCGAAGACGCUGUGAUAGACGAAAAGAUUUUAGAGAGCAAGAUUCUGGAAAACCUGGACGAGACAAUCGAUAAAUUCGAUAGCGAAAGGAUGCAGCUGACGUCGGAGGAUAGCAAUGAGGAGAAGGACAGCUUCAGCACGGAUUCUAUACAGAGUGGAAGUCCCUCGAGCGUGAAAGAUACGAAGGACGCCGCUAACCUCUUGGAUACCUUCAAUUCCUCGUGGGAUUCGGGAGUCGGGGUGGACGUCGGUAAUGGGAGUGGGUGGGUGAGGAUACAUACGGGGAUCGAGAGCAGCCUCGUAUAUCUUACUCUGGACACUACAGCUAAGGACGUCUGCAGGGACAUGCUGCUGGGAGAUGACUUGUCUCUGUUUGUUCAGUAUGGCGGUGAACCAGGCAGAAGGUUGGCGUCUCAAGAGAAGCCGCUGGAGAUUCAGGAUCAAUUUCUUCAAAGACUUGGUUAUCAGGAUAUAUCCCGACGCGCUCGUCUAGGAGUUGAUCCAGAACUCAGACAUCUCAUCGGCUUUCACGUAGGACCCGCAUCGCCAUUGCCAGAUCUAAUGGGAUAUAGUCGUUGCGGCUAUAUUUUGGUAUUGAAGGGGUUGGUUUUUCCUCAGUGGAAGCGACGACCUUUGGCUGUCAUCGGGUCCAGGCUUUUCCUUUAUCCGGCUUCUCCAGAAUCACGAGCAGAAUGGAUGGAACUGAGCGGCGGAGGUGGCGCGGUAUGCUAUGCGCCGUCACGUCUGGGCAAACUCGUUUUGCGUGUCACUGGGUUUCCCAGGGUCACUCAACAGUGCCAUGUGAGCCAACACCCUGAAGAGAGUCACCAUCGCGAAACCAGGCAUCUGUAUCUGGGCUUCCAUCAUCCUUGGGAUCGAGACCUCUGGAAAAACUGGAUCAAAAAGGCUACGCAGUCGUCGACAUGCCCCAAAAAAUUGGACUUGAGCAAGGCAGGCCUUUCAAGGGUUCCCGACAGCACGAUUGCUUUUCCAGCAAUAGAAGAGCUCGCAUUAGGAUGCAACCAAUUCACUAACGUUGAUAACAAUCUGAAGCUUCUGCACAGGUUUCCCAAACUUCAUGCCGUCCAUCUGGAGAACAACAAUCUCCACAGAAUCCCAAGGGAAUUGCUGGAGCUGCCAGCGCUGACCUAUCUUAAUCUCUCGGAUAACAAGAUCGAGACAAUUCCGGUUGACAUCUGCCGACUGAUCAAUUUGAAAGAACUGAUCCUUGACCGCAAUGGCAUCAAGGAUCUACCGGAUGAAGUGACACGGCUGAGAAAUUUGAGGAAUAUUUCCCUCGUCGGAAAUUUACUCAAUACCGUACCAUCUUUUGUCAACAUGCGAGCUCUCACUUUGACAGAAGUUCUGUCGAAGACAGAUCACGGAAAGUCUUAUAAGGAUGAAAAAACCAAUCAUAAUAAUUUACACAAAAUCAAUUUAAGAAACAAUCAGCUGAAAGGAAAUAUAAUUUUGGGAAAUUACGGCAAUCUAACGCAUCUGGACGUGAGCGAAAAUAGUAUUGAAAAAUUGGACAUUAGUGCUCUGCAAGAAUUGAGAAGUGUACGCUGUGGACGAAAUAAUUUAACGGAAUUAACUCUUUGCGGCCGAAAUCUGGUAUCCCUUAUUGCUGGUAAUAAUAGAUUGAAAAAACUAAUCAUCGAACCUGUGCCAAUUAAUCUGGAGCAUUUGGAUGUUUCCUACAAUAAUUUAGAUGCGUUACCGGAAUGGACAACCGAAUUGCCAGCAUUGCGCGUCCUUUUCGCGUCGCACAAUGCUCUCACGGCUCUCCCAGACAGGUUGUUGUCACAACCCUCGAGACUAGAAGUUCUCCAUCUGCCUCACAACCGGCUACAAGCCCUACCACCACCCAGGAGACCAUUGAAUAUCGUACAUUUAACUCUGCAGGGCAACAUGUUGACCACGUUGCCAACCAGUUUUUUCACGAAUACCGAAAAAAUGAAAGUUUUAAACCUUUCCAACAAUCGACUCUCCGAACUUCCGUAUCGCGAAGAGGCCGGGAAAAUUCACCAGGGAUCGCAUACCUUGGAGAAAUUAUACAUCACGGCAAAUUGUCUGACCGAUACCGCUCUAGACGCUCUCGCGAAGUUUACGUCCUUGAGAAUUCUUCAUAUUGCUUACAACACCUUGGAUACGCUUCCAGAAAGUUGCAUAGCUGCUUGGAGCGACCUGGAAGAAUUGGUGUUGUCUGGAAACCGAUUGCAGUACCUUCCGGAUAACGUGGCAAAUCUGCGACAUUUGCGCGUGCUACGCGUGCAUUCUAAUCGGCUAUUAACAUGUCCCACCUUCAGUAGAACAGCGUCUUUGAAGGUGCUAGAUCUGGCACACAAUCAAUUGGAUAGGGUAAAUCUGGCUACACUAGUACCACCACAACUACAAUUUCUUGAUAUAUCCUGUAAUUCCCGACUGCAUGUGGACCCAAGACAGUUUCAAGAUUAUAGAUCCCAAAGGCCAAUAUCUUUGGUAGACGUAUCUGGACAGAAUAGACCCAGUUUACCAUCUCAUCCGCAUCAACAAGAAAUCGUCGCGGCGGAAAAAAAUAGCGAACAACCAUGGCGAUUGGGUUUUUCGGAAACUGCCGGUUCACGCGAAAAGCUAUACAUUUCCCAAGUGCGAAUACCAUCUUUUUGCAACGUCGAAGGUCUGUUUGGCAUAUUUGAUGGUGGUUCCAAUCAAGAAGCACCUAGCGCUCUUCAAGAAAUGAUUCCUCGUCUCUUGCUGGAGGAACGAACGAUCCGGGAAACGUCGAAGGAAUACUUGAAAUAUACUCUAUUGUCGGCACACAGGGAGCUCAAGGAGAAGGGUCAAAAAUACGGCGUAGACGCAACUCUGAUCCAUAUAGUGAAAUUGCCGUUGCAACAGGGAUAUUCAAAAUCUACGAUCAAAUAUUCUCUUAAAGUGGCUUCCACCGGGGACGCCAAAGCUGUCCUCUGUAGAGCCGCGGGUCCUUUGACCUUCGCCAAGUCUAAAAAAGCACAGACAAUUAAGAAUCAACUUGGUAAUGCUGCCAUGUUCCCAUUAGUAGUGCCCGAUCCGAUAUAUGAGGAAGUGACGCUGGAAGAUGACGAUGAAUUUAUCAUAGUUGCUAAUCGGAGAUUAUGGGAGGUUCUAAACAUUCAAGAAGCCGUGAGGGAAGCUAGAGCCGAGGCCAGUCCUGUCCUGGCCGCCAAAAGACUUCAGGAUCUGGCGCAAGCUUACGGCGCAGAGGAUAAUUUGAGCAUCAUUGUUGUCCGGUUGGCGGGACCAAGUCCAGGCGACAUGGAUCAACUCAUGCGUGAACUCAGGCAUGCCGUUGGUAAAAACAGAAGUCAAAGCGAUAGUGUGUGUCCUUGUCCUUGUUGCAUGCCGCCAGCGACGCACAAGCCACCAGCUGCCUGCUGUUGUCACGCGAACGAAGGCUAUUAUCUUAAUGGCGUGUUAAAAAAUAUUGUAGGCAGAUCCAAUAAAGUCCACGGUGGUUCCGGAAGGUACUUCAAGAAUUCCAGAUCAACGCAAGACAACGAAAGUCCUCCGUACAGAGACGACCGCAGUUCGCCAAGUGGACAAUCUGAUCAAGCCAGUGACAGCACUUUCAAGUCUCGUCAUCCAUCAGGAAGGAUGUGGUCUGGAAGUGCGGCUGCUAGGGCGACAAAUAAAGCUCACCAGAGUGUUCUCAUGCAGGAAAACGGCAUGCGAAAAGUAUCAUCUUGCCUUCCUACGCAAGAGGAUGCUAUCUCGGAAAGAUCCAGUGCUCUCAGUGAGGAGCAAUUUCGUUGCUGGGAGUAUAUGCUUGAGCAGAACACUCAGUUACUAUUCGAUAAGGAGUUAGACACGUUAACGAAGGCGCCAUUACAUCGCGGCCAGUCAAGGUCGACGCCGCAACUGGGAAGCAAUCUACCCUUUCUGUCGAAGAGGUUUGGCAGCGCUCGAUCCUUCAACCCUUCGUUAUCACGACCACCGAUGGUCCGUUUCGGCAGUGGACGAAGAUUGCUGAAUGGCGGACCGAAUGCUGCCUAUUUCGGCAGCCUGCAAAGGUUGAUGCCGUACAAUCUCGAGUACGACUUUGCCGUUAUCCAAGAAAGAAACGGCAUGGAUUCAUUGGAGCAAGACGCCACGAGGAUGCAACAAUAUUGGGGAGUUGCCACUACAGAAUUGUAAAUAAAAAUCUAAUGCAAAGAUACCUACUAAGUAUAAGAUAGAAAUGCAAAAAAGCAAAAAGUCUAUAAUACAUUUAACAAUGAACGAGCUUAAUCGAAAUUAGAAAAACGUUACGUUAAUACGAUAACGUUUGUGUAAGUCUUAUCCUGAAAAGUUGCCUUUAUGUUUUAAGAAUUCAUAUUUUGCAAAAAGUACAUGCAGCAUUUCAUUAUCAUUGUCAUUGUUUUAGAUUGUGGAAUAUAACGCAGAAACUCAUUGUGCUAAGUUGUUUAUAUCGCAAUAAAUUAAUUUGCACUUACUUAUGAACAAUCCAACGUAACCAAAGUGAUUUAUCUUGAAAAGCUUGACGGCACAAAGUAAUUGUACCUUUGUACUCUAAUUAUCAUUUGCUAAUGAAGUAAUUAACCGAAUACAAUGUGACGGAGCGAAGAGUUAAUCGGCAACAAACGCGCACAAUUGCAGUAAUAAUAUCGAUCGUGUUGAUAACAAUGGCAUAGCUGAGACAAGCUAUGGAGUUCUUCGAACCUCGUAGAAGAAAAGACGACGGGAUUUGUACCGUCACUUCGGUAAUUCGCUCGUUUAUUGCAGCUGAUACGCGUGCAAUAAAGGGACCGCGGAAACCACUGUGUAGCCUUUACGCUACACAAAGCUCGCCUUAUUUCUUUAUAACGGUAGACACGCGGAAGAUCUAUAUCUACUUUAUUGCGGAACGACUUUACGGCGCUGAAUCACUGAAUCACUCCGCAGAAAAUGGACUCCGCCAAAUAAUAGAGAUCGAAGAAAAUCCGUCUUUCUGGUCUUAGAAAUUGGAGACUGAUUUAAAUAUUAAAAAAUUCGUUUUUUCUUACCGAGAUUUAUCGUAUAUUCUUUUAUUGAAUUGUCCAUAUACUUUUUUUCCCAAAUAUUAACACAUUAUAACGAUUUGAAAUUCUCCGAAACGAGCUCUCUUCACUUUGAUUUAAUUAAGGAAUACA